ACAACCGCAACUGGUAUGUCAUUCGACAAUCAUUCCAACAGCAGCUAUCAAUUGUAACGUUACCUAAUUCUCCCAGCCCAAAAUGUGGACUUUUUUCAAUUUGGAUGAGCAAUAUCGUCGUUUUCCAACAAUAAAUCGGAAUGAAGUUCGAAAAAUUUUGGAAUGGAUUAACGCACAACCCCAUCUUCCCCAGCUAAGCGAACAGGAGGUGCUGCUCUUCUAUCAGGCCUGUAAACAUCAGGUGGAAUACACCAAACAAGUCAUCGAUGAUUCGUUUACAUUUCGUACCCACAAUGAGGAUUUCUUUGGCAAUGUCGACACCGAUUCGCCGCAAAUGUUGCAGGCCAUGGAAACGGUAGCCGGUUUUCCCCUGGAGAAACGUUCACCGGAGGGAUGUGUUGUCAUUUUGGGUAAACUUAUUAACACCGACUCAUCGAAGUUUGACUUUGUUGGGGCGCUGAAACUGUAUUGCUUGGCUCAAGACAUGUGGCUUUUGGAGAAUGGUCUCACCAACGGAAUUACUUUUGUCUUUGAUUUAACCGGUUAUACUUUUGGACAUUUGACACGCAUUGGCAUUGGCCCGCUGAAAAGUUUGCUGUAUUUUUUACAGGAAGCAAUACCGGUGCGUCUGUUCAGUGUUCAUAUCGUCAAUGCUGGAUCGGUUAUAGAAACAUUAAUGGCGAUGUUAAAUCCCUUGCUAAAACCAGAAAAUAAGGAGGCUUUCAAAGUACACACCUCAGUGGAAGAUCUUUACAGAUAUAUACCGCAAGAUAUGUUGCCACAGGAACUGGGUGGACCAUUGCCGCACUCAAAGGAAUUGAGGGAAAUAUUCUACAAACAAUUGCGAGCCAACCGCCAACAAAUCAUUGAAUACAACCACAGUCGCCAAGUCAAGGAAGAACUACGACCGGCCAAAUCGAAAAGCAAAGCUUCAAAUCUCUUUGGCACCGAAGGACAUUUCAAGAAACUGGAUUUCGAUUGAAGAUGAGGCUAUGGGAUUUGCUGCUUCAAAAUAGGGGCAGGAUGGGAAGCUCUGCUUUCGUUUGUGAUUGUUUAUCAGAUGAAUAAAUUAAAAAAAAAAUAAAUAUAAUUAAUAAAAAAAUUAA